UGGAAAUGAGCAAAAUUCAUAGGAAGCCUUAAAAACUAUAAGCUGUAGAAGAGCAGGUUCAUAACCCAACAUGGCGGACGCCCAAUCAGUUCCCCUCAAGAAAAAGCUAGAAGGCAAAGUAGCCAUUGUAACGGGCGGCGCCAGCGGCAUCGGAGAGGCCACCGUCCGCCUCUUUGCCGAACAUGGCGCCCGCGCGGUGGUGAUCGCAGAUAUACAAGCGGAAAAAGGCCGAUCCGUGGCGGAAUCUAUCGGCUCGCAGUGCUGCAGCUACUUCCAGUGCGACGUCGCCGAUGAGGAACGAGUCAAGUCCAUGGUGGAGUGGACUGUCAAAACCUACGGCGGACUCGACAUAAUGUUCAGCAAUGCCGGAAUCAUUGGCAGCUCCGACCAAACCAUACUUGACCUGGACUUCUCGCAGUACGAAGACGUUAUGCGGGUCAAUGCCCGGGGAAUGGCUGUAUGUGUGAAGCAAGCUGCGCGUAAAAUGAUCGAGCUGGGCACUAGAGGAGCUAUUGUUUGCACCAGCAGUGUGGUGGCGGUGGUACCCGUGCAGAUGUUCACCGACUACACGAUGUCGAAGCAUGCGGUGGUGGGGCUGGUGCGAGCGGCUAGCCAGCAGUUGGGAGCUCAUGGGAUAAGGAUUAACUGCGUGUCGCCCUCGGCAGUGGUGACGCCGAUGGCCAAGAAAGUUGGGGUUGCCACCGCCGGAGACGUGGAGAAUCUUUUCGGGCCUUCGACUAGCUUGAAAGGGGUGUCGCUGACGGCGGAGCGUGUGGCGGAGGCGGUGGUUUUUCUGGCUUCCGAUGACUCGGCGUUUAUCACGGGGCAUAAUUUGGUGGUGGAUGGUGGGCUGAUCAGUAUGCCCUUUAUUCAAGUUGGAACAAAAUCAUCAUGAAAAUAAUCACUGACAAGUGAUGUUAUAUGAAAUUUAAUUAAAUAAGAUUACCAACCACCGUAGGUGAUCAAUAAAUGUGUGUGUUUUUGCUGCUGCUGCUGUUGUAAUUUUAUCAAUUGAAUUAAGUGUGUUUACUUUCAAAA